AUGACGUUAAAGGAAAUCGUCGGCAAAAGUAAGUAUAAUUGUUAAAUUUUUUCAAAUUUGAUUAAAUUUUAAUUUGUUUUAAUUGAAACAAUUUUAAAGUAUAAAGGUUUUAUUACCUAAAAUCGAUUAGAAUAUGUUGAAACUGUUAGUGUGGGAAAUUCUAACUAAUAAAUAUCUUUAUAGGGAAAAAAUUUUUGGUUGAUUUAUACCUUAAAUUUUGUUAAAAACCAAUGAUAAAGAUAAUAUAGCUUACUCUUUUUGUAGUUUUGUAUUACAAUACUAAAAAUCGCUAUUACACUACUAAUAACAACUUUUACUAUUAAUAACCUUUAUUUCAGAGCUUCUCGACGAUGUGAUAAAACCCCUGCACAAGCCGGGCGGUGGUGCCUGGAAUGUGCUCGUCGUCGACAAACUCGGGAUGCGAAUGUUAAGUGCAUGCUGUAAAAUGCACGACGUAAUGGCCGAAGGAAUCACCAUUGUGGAAGACCUGAACAAACGUCGUGAACCAUUGCCAGCGUUGGAUGCCAUCUACCUGAUCUCUCCGACUGCCGAUUCGAUCGAAAAAUUUCUUCAAGACUUUAGCGGUCGAGUACAAUACAAACGAGCACACUUGUUUUUGACCGAAAGUUGCCCCGACAACUUGUUCAGCAUGAUCUCAAAGAGCAACGCAUCGAAGUAUUUGCAGAAUUUCAAAGAAAUUAAUGUGGCUUUCACUCCGUAUGAAAGUCAAGUGUUUACUCUGGAUUCGGCAGAUACGUUUCCAUUGUAUUAUAAUCCAUCAAGACAACCAACUGCACUCACACCACAUUUGGAACGCAUUGCAGCACAAAUUGCGACGGUUUGUGCUACUCUUGGAGAAUAUCCGGCUAUUCGGUAUGCUUUUUGAUUUUUCUUUUUGUGUUUUUAGGUGUGACAGAGGACGAUAACAGAAAAGGUUUUAAAAUUAAAAUUGGGACUAUAGAUUUCAUGAGUGGGGAAAUAUGAAACAAAAUAUAUUGUGGUAGAUGGACAGAUCAAAGGAAUUAAUAAAAUUGGAUGUUAAGAGCUAAUAUCUUGGAAGAUUUAUAAGAUUUAGGUAACAAUAGAUAAAAGGAACAUUGAGAAAUUUAAAAAACGUAAGAUUGGAACGAAGUGAAUAUGUGGGAAGUAGUUAUGACUAAAAAUCUUGUUAUACAUGACUCUUUUUGCGAUUUAAAAUAGGCGAAUGUUUUUUAAACUGGAAAGAGUGUCAUUGACGAUAUCAAACGCAUUUUUAUAACAGAUAUUCAUAAAAACCUUUCUAAGCAAAACUAUUUUCAGUUACCGCUCCGAUUUCGAGCGAAAUGUUGAACUUGGCCAUCUGGUGGAACAAAAGCUGGCUGCCUACAAAGCCGAAGACCUGAGUAUGGGCGAUGGUGCUGACAAAGCUCGCUCUCAGUUGAUUAUUAUUGAUAGAGGAUUCGAUGGCAUCACUCCGGUCUUGCACGAACUUACUUUACAAGCCAUGUGUCACGAUUUACUUGGAAUCGAGAACGACGUGUACCGAUACGAAACUGGAGGUGGUGAGAGUGUGGAGAAAGAGGUGUUGUUGGAUGAAAAUGAUGAUUUGUGGGUGGAAAACAGACACAAACAUAUCGCUGAUGUCUCGAAGGAUGUGAGUUAAAAAAAAGUUUUUAUUUUAGGUAAGAAAAAGUUUAUUUUUUUGUCAAAAUAGAUAUUAAAAGGCUGAUAUUUUAGGUGAAAAUUUGUUUAAAAUUUACUAUUGAACAAAAUUUUGGAAAAGCUCUUCGUUUAGGUAACCAGCUAUUAAAAAAUUAUUAUUUUGGGCACACAAUAUUGUAAAAUUGAUGGUUUAUGUCCCAAUUUACGAAAAAUUGUAUUUCAGGUAACAACAGGCCUGAAAAAGUUCAGUGAACACAAGAAAAUGCCUUCCGACGCCAAGUCCCUGAAAGACCUGUCGAUGAUGAUCAAGAAAAUGCCUCAGUACCAAAAAGAGCUGAACAAGUUCAGUACACAUUUCCACUUGGCUGAAGAAUGCAUGAAGCGCUACAGUAACGGUGUGGACAAACUCUGCAAAGUGGAACAAGACCUGGCUAUGGGAAUGGACGCUGAAGGCGAACGAAUCAAAGACCCGACCAAAAUAAUGGUACCAUUGUUGAUUGAUCCGGCUGUGAAGGAAGAGGAUCGGAUCCGAUUGAUCUUGUUGUACAUCAUCUCGAAGAAUGGUGUUACUGAUGAGAAUCUGAACAAACUACUACAACAUGCCAAUAUUCCAAUGAGUGAGAAGGAAACGAUUACCAAUGCUGCUUUGUUAGGACUGAACAUUACAAUUGAUGUAGGUUUUUGGGGAGAUUGUAGACGAGAAAAUGAAUUUUUGGAGCUUAUAGACGUUAAACAAUGUCAUAACUUACUAAAAAUUCAAUUUUUAUUGAUAUUAUAGUAACUUUUCCCCAUUUUAGUCAGGAAAACGCCGAGUAUGGACCCCAACUCGUCGUGAACGUAUCAACGAGAGAAUCUACCAAUCUUCACGAUGGGUUCCAAUCAUCAAGGACAUCAUGGAAGAUGCCAUCGAUGAGAAAUUGGACACGAAACACUUUCCAUAUUUGGCUGGAAGACAGGUUCAGUCUUCUUAUAGAUCAAAGUAAGCGUUUUUGAACUUUGGUCAACAAAGGCUUUUUUAAAUAACAUUUUUGGACUUAUCAUUACACUUUUGGAGCUUUUAUUAUGUUUUUAAUUAGUUUAGUUACUUUUAACAAAGUAAUUGAACUAAUGUAAGGUGUCAAAAACGUCCUGUCGUUUUCGAACGUGAUACUGAACGUAAAUCAGCGCCAAGACUUUGUUUAUUCCAUUUACUCGUUUCAGAGCCCCAACCUCAGCCCGCUACGGCCAAUGGCACAAGGAUCAGCGCAGUGCCCAGCUCCGCUCCGGCCCACGCCUCAUCAUUUACAUUGUGGGUGGCCUAACAUACUCGGAAAUGAGAGCCGCCUUCGAAGUGACCCGCUCCCAAAAGGCGUGGGAAGUGAUCAUCGGCUCGGACCAAAUCAUAACACCAACCAAGUUCUUGGCCAACCUCAGAGAUCUCAGCAAACCGUUGGAGUAA